CGUCCCCGCUGCACAGGGCGGGUCUGAGUCUCGGCGACGCCGCCCGGGGGGCCCGCGCCAGGGCCGGGACAGGACCGCCGUGCCCGGGUCCCCUCCUCUCCCGCCGCUCCCGGCCCCGCUCCGCCCCGGAGUCCGAUGGCGGCGGCCGCGCGGAGGGAGCCGGCUCAGGACAGUAUGACCUUUGAAGACGUUGCUGUGUACUUCUCCUGGGAGGAAUGGAGGCUCCUUGAUGAAGCUCAGAGGCACUUGUACCAGGAUGUGAUGCUGGAGAACUUUGCACUCAUAUCCUCGCUGGGCUGCUGGAGUGGAGCAGAGGAUGCAGAGGCUCCCUUUGAACACAGCAUUUCUGUAGGUGUGUCACAGACCAGGACUCCCAAGGCAGGUCUGAAAAAAAGUUAUUUCACCUGGGAAGAAUGCAACAAAGCCUUCAGCCUGAAACACACACUUGUUCAGGACCAGGGUGUCCACACUGGAAGACAGUGUUUUGUGUGCUGUGAAUGUGGAAAAGCAUUCAGGUACAAAUCCUCAUUUGUUGUGCACCAGAGACUCCACGGUGGAGGAAAGCUUCAUGUAUGUGGAGAAUGUGGCAAGUCUUUUAGGCGGAGCUCAACCCUCAGUCAGCAUCGAAGAAUUCAUUCUGGUGCAAGACAGUGCAAGUGCAGCAAAUGUGGGAAAUCCUUUAACCAAAAAUCUGUCCUCAUUUAUCCGUGGAGAAGUCACACUGGAGAAAAUUGUCAUUUGUGCUGUGAAUGUACACGGUCUUUUCGCCGUAAAUCCAUCCUUAUUCGACAACGAACAGUUAACACUGGAGAAAGGCGUUAUGAGUGUACUCAGUGUUGGAAAUCAUUUAGAAGAAAAUUUUACCUUAUUGUACACUGGCGAGUUCACACUGGAGAAAGCCCUUAUGAAUGCAGCAAAUGUGGGAAAUUUUUUACCAACAGCUUGGUACUUGUUCUCCACCAGAGAGUACAUACAGGAGAAAGGCCUUUUCAGUGCAGUAAAUGUGGGAAAUCAUUUAACAGUAGCUCAAUACUCAUUCUACACCGUAGAGUACACACAGGAAAAAGGCCUUAUGAGUGUAGUGACUGUUGGAAAUCUUUUAGCCAUCCAUUUUACCUAACUCAACACCAGAGAGUUCAUAGUGAAAAAGGGUCUUUUGAGUGUUGUCAAUGUGGGAAAUCUUUUAUCACUCGUCCUGGCCUCCGUUAUCAUCAGAGAGUUCACACUGGAGAAAGGCCUUAUCAGUGUAGUGAAUGUGGAGAAUGUUUUAUUUCUACCUCCCGACUCCAUUAUCAUCAGAAGUUUCACACUGGAGAAAGGGCUCAUCAGUGCAGUGAAUGUGGGAAGUCUUUUUCAUCUGGUUCCAAACUCAGUAAUCAUCAGAGAGUUCACACAGGUGAAAGACGUUAUGAGUGCAGUGAUUGUGGGAAAUCCUUUAUCCAAAGAUGCCAUCUUGUUAGACAUCAGCGCGUUCACACAGGAGAUAGGCCUUAUGAGUGCAGUGAAUGUGGAAAAUCCUUUAUCCGAAGAUCCAAACUUCUUAUACACCAGCGAGUUCACAGAGGAGAGAGGCCUUAUGUGUGCAGUGAAUGUGGGAAAUCUUUCACCCUUAGGAGCACCCUUCGUGAUCAUCAGAGAGUUCACACUGGAGAAAGGCCUUAUGAGUGCAGUGAUUGUGGGAAAUCCUUUAUCAUAAGAUUCAAUCUUGUUGUACACCAGAGAGUUCACACAGGAGAGAGGCCAUAUGUGUGCAGUGAAUGUGGGAAAUCUUUUAGCAUUAGGAGCACCCUUCGUGAUCAUCAGAGAGUUCACACUGGAGAAAAGCCUUAUGAGUGCAGUGAAUGUGGGAAAUCCUUUAGAGUAAAUUCUCAUCUCAUUCAACAUUGGAGAUUUCACACUGGAGAAAAGCCUUAUAGAUGUAAUGACUGUGGGAAAUCUUUCUCGUCUCCUUCGAGCCUUCGUUGUCAUCAGAGUAUUCACACCGGGUCAAGGCCUUAUGAGUGUAUCGACUGUGGGAAGUCAUAUGCUAAUAGCUCAACACUUAUUCGACACCAGACAAUUCACACAGGAGAAAGGCCUUAUAAGUGCGGUGAAUGUGGGAAAUCUUUCAGGCGUAGUUCACAUUUCAAUGAACACCAGAGAGUUCAUACUGGAGAAAGAGAUUAUGAGUGCACUGAAUGUGGAAAAUUGUUUAGGGAUGUUUCCCAACUCAAAAAACACCAAAGAAUUCACACUGGAGAAAGGCCUUUUGAGUGUAGUGAAUGUGGGAAGUCUUAUACCAAUAGCUCAACACUUACUCAACACCGGAGAAUUCACACAGGAGAAAGGCCUUAUAAGUGCAGUGAAUGUGGGAAAUCAUUCAUGAGUAGUUCACAUUACAGUCGACACCAGAGAGUUCACACUGCAGAGAGGCCUUUUGAGUGCACUGAAUGUGGGAAGUCAUUUAGGUACAGUUCCCAAUUCAGUAAACACCAGCGAGUCCACAUUGGGUAA